UACAUUUUAGGUAUAGAGCAUGCUAUAUGAAGAAUCUGAUUUUAUUAAUUUCUUUUUUGCAUGUAAUGCCUACAUAAAACAAGAUUACUUCUUUUUCUGUAUACUAAGCGAAAAUUCUUAUGAAAGAAGGUAAGGUAGAUGAGACGGGACACACACACACACACACACACACACACACACACACACACACACACACACACACACACACAUAUGGAUCGAGAGCUGGUAAGAAUGUGGUGCGCCCCAUCAAGGAGGUGACUUCCAGUGCCAGGAAAGACUGCCAGGUGGAGGUGAGGGCAUGCAAACACUUUUAAGUGCUGUGUGUGUAGUAUAUUCUUCCCUUCCUCCUGUCUAAUGUGACGUCUCUGACCAACAAGAUGGAUGAGUUGAUUGUGUCAGUGAGAUCAACUUGUGCAGACAUUGUGGUAAUCACUGAGGCAUGGCAGAUUGUUCCUGAGGUGUGCAUGAGGCAGGACUUCCAGCUCAUUCACCACCUCAGGACCAGGCACAGAGGGUGUAAGGAGUGGCCCUGUUCUGUUCUGCUCUCAGCCCCUCACACCUCCCUGUCAACAUCCCUGCCAGAGUGGAGGCCCUGUGGGUGAGGGUUACACCCCAUUGCCACAGCACAGUUGCUCACUGACCACAUCAUUGACACUGCUGAUGCUCUGAGGGUGAGGUAUCUUCCUGCAAAGCUCGUCAUCUGUGGGGACUUCAGCCACUUAGAUAUCAGUGAUAUCCUACAACAGGUACACCUCACCCAGGUCAUGGACUUCCCCACCCACCAGUAAUCCACCCUUGACUUUAUCAUGACAGACCUGAGCCAGCAGUACUUGCCUCCCAGGCCACUGUCCUCCCAUGGGAUGCAGCACCCACCUUUCCAUCCUGUUGAUCCCCACAUCCAUCACCUCAUUCCUGCUGUCAGCUGUCACCAGGACCCACUACUCCAUGCCUAACUCAGCCAUAAGGGAAUUUGGGCUGUGAGUGACACAACACCCAUGGAUUGAGGUGUUGGAGGAGGACAUCCACACCAAGUGGUGCAACUACAUCACCACCACCUUGGAAACCUUCCACCACUACUUCCCAGCCAAGAGAGUCACAGUGCACCCAUCUGAUGCCCCAUGGAUGACACCCUGUAUCAGGCGACUCAUAUGUCAGCAGAACUGGGCAUUCCACUCUUACCCUGUCCUAUACAUGAAACUGACGUGGGUUCCCCCUGGCCACCAAGAUGGGUCCACUGUGCUUCCUCAUACUCAUCAACGACACUCUCACCUGCACCCCCCAUUGCUGUGGAUGUCCCAAUUAACAACAAGGACCUGGAUUAUUUGCCACUGCAAGCAACUCUAGAGCAGCUGCAGGUGUGGACUGAAGAGAACAGGAUGACAAUCAACCACAGCAAGACUGUGGUGAUGCAUGUCUACCUCCUCAGUGGCAGUACCUCCUCCCCAGCUCUCAGUGGUCUCCCAUUCUCUCCAGGUGGUCUGGUCAACCAAGCUGUUUGGUGUCACAGUGGAUAACCAGCUGACCUGGAAGCAGCAUAUCUCCACCACAGUCAGGUCAGCUUCCUACAGGCUGUACAUGCUGCAUAGACUCAGGCCCCCAUGGAUGCUAGCAGACAAGUUGAGGGGGGUGUACCUCACCUUCAUCCUCCUCGAAUUCAUGUACACUACCCCAGCAUGGUCCUUCUCUCUCACAUACACUCAACAGCAGCACCUGGAGAGUGUGCAGAAGAGGGCAUGCAGGGUCAUCCUUGACCCUGCCUACACAAACCAUGAGGACACCCUGACCACCCUGAGUCUGCUCAGGCUGUUAGCCAGACACCAAGACACCCUGGAGAAGUUUGGGAAGGGCCUGCUGCACCACCCACCCCUACACCACAUGCUGCCACCUGACUCAUCUUGCCUAGUCCAUGCCACUUGACACCACAACCUGAUAACACUCCUAAAGGCACUA